CACGCUCCCUCCCAGCAGCCCAGAACUGAGGAGAGUGGGAGAGCUCAGCAUAAGAACAGGCACCGCACAAAGGGAGGUGAUUGGGGGGCUCAACCUAUACAAGGUGACACCGCCAAGAAGUCCAGAAAGCCCCCUCCCCAAACAGUUGAUGCGGGGGAAAGAGAUGUGUUGUCACCCCUCCUCCUUUCAAAGAAGAACAUGAUAAACAGAAGGAUUCAAACUGAGAUGAAUGCUUACCAGAUGAUCACCCUUUUUAGAACAUUGAGCAAACAGUGUUGCUACCAUCACCAGCAGUAUCUCCUUCCUUUACUUGCUAAGAGAGCUACUUGUUUAACAGAACCAAAUACAUUUCGGAGCAACUGUUUGUGGAAUACAGUUACAUCUAUUGUAGUAUGCAAUAACUGGCCAAGGAGAUAUCACCAGACCCCAAAAACGCUGUGGAACCAUGAAGCGCUGCAAAAAUAUUUACGAACUUUAAGCCAAGAAUACCAGAGGAUUGGUCAAUUGCUCAGUGAUUGCUCAGUAAAUGAAUACAGUAGAAGUACUUUGAAUAAAAGACACACUGAACUGUUACCACUUGCAGUGACAUUUAAAGAAAUUCAAGAGGCAGAAAAGGAAAUUCAGGAUUUGGAGACAUUUUGUGCAAAGCUAAGCAGUCCAGAAGAGAAACCACUGCUAGAACUUGCUCUAGAGGAAAAGGAAGUUAUUGACCAGAAGAUCAGCUCUCUGUGUCAAAAGCUUUUCCAGAUCUUGGUACCAAGAGAAAAAUAUGAUGAAAGUGAUGUCGUAUUAGAAGUAACAUCUGGCAGGACAACUGGAGGUGAUAUUUGUCAGCAAUUUACCCAAGAAGUGUUUGAUAUGUACAAGAACUAUGCGGAUUAUAGAGGCUGGACCUUUGAGAUUAUGAACUACACUCCAGCUGAAUAUGGUGGAUUACACCAUGCUGCCGCUCGUAUUUUGGGAGACCAUGUCUAUAGGCAUUUGAAAUAUGAAGGAGGUACUCACAGGGUGCAGCGAAUCCCUGAGACAGGUUUAUCUUCAAGAAUGCAGCGGAUCCAUACUGGUACCAUGUCAGUUAUUGUCCUCCCUCAGCCAGAAGAGGUAACAGUUAAAGUAGACCCAAGAGAUUUGCGUAUAGAUACAUUUCGAGCUAAAGGAGCAGGAGGGCAACAUGUUAAUAAAACAGAUAGUGCUGUUAGAAUUGUACACAUUCCCACAGGGUUAACUGUUGAGUCCCAGCAAGACAGAUCUCAGCAAAUGAAUAAAGAAACAGCUCUGCGGACAUUGAGAGACAAGCUGUACCAGCAGACCAUAGAGAGAGAGCUGAGGCAAAAGCAGAGCUCUAGGAAACUGCAGCUAGGAACAAGAGCCCAGUCAGAAAGAAUUCGCACAUAUAACUUCAGCCAAGACAGAGUCACAGACCACAGGAUCUCCUAUGAAAUUCAUGACAUCAAGGAAUUUUUAAGUGGCAAGAAGCUCCUGGAUGAACUAAUCAGCAAGCUGUUGGAGGCUGCAGAGAUGGAGUCUCUCAUUGAACAUUUGGAAAACAAUGUUAAAUCUUUACAAGCAGACUCCUGACUUGAUAAGUGUAUUAAAUAAAAAUGCUUUUAAUUUGCUUGCAAAAUUAAGCAAACAGGUACUAGCGUUAAUUCUAUUUUCUAUUUUAAUAUUUCAUUAUCACUUCUGUGACUUUAUGGCUGUGAUCUAAAUAAAUGGCAUAGACAAGCACAUAGAACUUGGUGCACAGACAGCA